AUGCCAAGGAGUGUACAACCUCCUAGGUGCGCGGACGGGAAGGUGGGAGAGCAGAAGCUGGAGAAGCCGCAGCGAGCUGGAGCUGCCAGAGGACCUGAAGAAGAAGCAGAAAAACCUGUGAAAACUAAGACCGUUUCUUCCAGUAAUGGAGGGGAAAGUUCCAGUCGCAGCGCUGAGAAGCGAUCAGCUGAAGAAGCUGCAGACCUCCCAACAAAGCCUACAAAGAUCUCCAAGUUUGGAUUUGCCAUAGGUAGUCAGACGACAAAGAAAGCCUCCGCCAUAUCCAUCAAACUUGGAUCAGGUAAACCUAAAGAAACUGUUCCAACUCUUGCUCCAAAAGCUCUUUCAGUAGCAGCAGAUUUUAAUGAAGAUGAAGAUAGCGAACCAGAGGAAAUGCCUCCAGAAGCAAAGAUGAGGAUGAAGAAUAUUGGAAGGGAUACACCAACAUCAGCAGGACCAAACUCCUUUAAUAAAGGAAAGCAUGGGUUUUCUGAUAACCAGAAGCUAUGCAAGCGAAAUAUAAAAUCUCAUCUUGGAAAUGUCCAUGACCAAGACAAUGAAAUAAUAUGUUUUGAAAUUGGGGUAUGGGGUGGGUAUAAAGUUAAAAGGAACAGUUUCCUUUUUAAAGAAUGAUAUAAGACUAUCUUUGGAGCCGACUUUUUUUUUUUUUUUAAGAUUGAGUGGUACACUAAUAAAUGAGAGUUUGAAAUUAGACGUAACUUAUGUUUUAUAUACAGAUUUCAAGACAUUUGCUAAUUCUGUAGUUUCAUGUAAUUAGUUUCCAAAGGUUACAGAUAAUUUUAAAAAAAUCAGAAAUGGUACCUUUCUAAGAAUUGCAUAUUUUUUUAGACACAACCAUUUAGCACAUUAAGAGGGAAGCAAAACAGUUAUUGUCUGUUUAAACUGCAAGCAAUUACUCUAACUUAACUCCCUUAUUAACCUAAACUUUCUGUCUCCCAGGAACAGCCUUAUAAAGAGGGAGUAUUGUACUGGGAGGAAAAUGUUACUGGAGUAUUGAAUGAAAGUGAAUUGGAUAAAAUUAAAAUAUUGCUUUUUUUCCUAAUGGACAUUUGUUUUGUUUCAAGUCAAACUAGAUAUUGCAUUGCUAUCAGUGGAUACAGAGGCUUAGCUCUUUAAAAGAAAAUUUUUUUAAUUUUAUGUAAACAGUUGAGUAUUUGAUAUAGCCCACUUCACCUUAAUGGGUCUUGUCUGCCUUCAUUAGUCUACAAAGAACAACUGUUUGCUACCAAAGUAAAUCAGUAUUUUGAAUGUGCUUCUCUUGGUUUUUGUUAUUAGCUUAGUUCCUGUAAGCAUUUCCACCAGACUUGAGGCAAGUCAUAGGAAGCUGUUUUUUUUUAAAAUACAAACCAUCACCAAAAAUUUUAAAUGUAGGUAAUACUUAAAUAUUUGGCUGUUUUAUUUUUUAAAAUGUAACAGACAGCAAAAAAGCAGCAUAGUGUCAAGAUGGAAAAUGAGAAAGAUGCGCUUUCUGUAAAUGUCAUACCAUUUAAGUUACUAAUUUGUGAAUUCCAUUUUGAUUUGUACUUAACUACAGGAAUCCUUAUUUAAUACAAUAAAAUGGUUUAUUUUAAGUGUAUGCAUAUUAACCAAUGGCCUCUCAAAAGCACAUUUUCAAUAUUGAAAAUAGAAAGAAAGAAAA